AUGAAAUCUACUGAAGACACUGAAGAUGCUCCAGCUGACGGGGACACUUGGAUCGGCGACGCUAACGACACUAAACAAUUCGCUAAUAAUGAUACGGAUGAGUUUCGGAAGGAAAUUCAGAGGGCUGGAAGUGACGGCACCGUUUGCUCAGCCGGAUGGGCAAUGCUGUUCGGCGGCUGCAUCCUGGUAUCGGCGCUGUUCAAUCUUUUACUUCCGGUGUGCAUCGAGAACAACCAGUACACGCUCACGUGCAUCAUACGCACGUGCCAGGGACUGGCAGAGGGGUUCCUGAUACCGUCGUUAUACGGCGUGCUGCGUCAUUGGACUGUACCGUCUGAGAGGAGCAUACAGGUGACCGCCGUGCUCUCGUGUGAGUACGACGUGGGGCCGGGCCAUGAAAUGCGUCUUGACGACGUGGAGUUUGAAUUCAUGACGCAUGCGCAGGGUGAUGACGUCAAUGAUUAUGAGAAAGUGAACAUUCCAUUGAAGUCCAUUCUGACGUCACUUCCCGUGGCUGCGAUGUGCCUGUGUCAGAUUGCUAUUUUGUGGAUCCGUACUCUCUUGUUGACCAACUGGCCCCUGUAUCUGAGCACGGUCUGGGGUAAUAUUGCUGAGGUAGGUGCACUGGCAAGCCUGCCUUACGCGUCAAAUAUCGUGAUGUCCGUUGUGAGUGGCAUCUUGGCUGACUUUUUUCUCAACCAAAAGUAUCUCACCACCACAAUCGUCAGGAAAAUAUCCAUCGGCGUCGGUUUCGGACUUGUAUGCGUGGGUUUCCUGGUACUGACCACUCUGUCCGCCAGCUUAGCUGUUUUCAUAGUCCUCAGUAUGUCUAUCGGCGCGUUUGGUCUAGCCGGUUCAGGUUUGUCAGUGAAUCCCUACAACCUCUCAACCCGUUAUGCCAGCGUUCUUGCUGCGGUGACUUGGACCUGUGGAUCCAUCGGAGCCAUCCUUGCUCCAAUAGCAACCGGCUACCUGACCGUUAAACAGAGGAAGAAAUAUAAUUAA